UAAGCUUUUCUAACUUUCGUUCUGAUGAAAUCAUUCCAAAUUCUCUGAAAACUACAAAGGUGUUCAAUUGUUGGGCCGAGAGAUUAAUCCUCCCCUUCCUUUUCGGAGGAGGAACUGGAGAAAAUCUAGCCCUUGUUUUUCUUCCCCAUUUCAACGCAAAGUAAGGAACUUUCAUAUUUCAACCUCUUUUUUUCCCCCAAAUUUUGAUGGGUGUUUCUGUUUGGAUGCUGGGAAAAUUCGAGAGGGAAAAAGUGGCUCCAACUUUCUGAAGGCCGGAAUUUUUGUGGGCCCUCAUUGAUCGCGAGGCCUGUCUCUCGGAAUCCCAACACGAUCUCGGGAAUUUAUGAGCACGAUAUCCCUUUAACCGAUACUUCUGCAUUCGCCUCUUCUUUCUGGUUUAGUGGCUAUGUGAUUCUCUGGUGUGUUUCUGUUGGGUUUUUGUUCAGUGGUUGAAGGAGUGAGAUGCAUGGAUCCUACUAUUAAGUUAAUUUUGCUUCUGAUAUUCUUCAGAAUAGCAUGUGCUUCAACCAUUGAAAAAAAAUUUGAACACUGUGAAAGGGUUGUAAAAGAUUGGGCCUUAUCUUCUCUUCAUCAAGGUAUCAACAAUGAUAAACAUACAUUACAAGAUUUACUGUUCUUUCUACAUGUUCCAAGAACAGGAGGGCGAUCGUACUAUCACUGUUUCUUGAAAAAGUUGUACCCAAGCUCUCAAGAGUGUCCCCGUUCUUAUGAUAAGCUACGGUUUGAUCCCAGCAAGACGAAAUGCAGAUUGUUAGCUACUCAUGAUGAUUAUAGCAUGAUGGAAAAACUACCGAAGGAGAGGACUUCGGUGGUGACAAUUGUCAGGAAUCCAGUUGACCGGGUUCUUAGUUCAUAUGAAUUUUCAGUUGAGGUAGCAGCUAGAUUUUUGGUACAUCCUGACCUAGCUUCUGCAACCAAAAUGUCCAAACGUGUGCGUGCAAAGACAAAUGGAGUGAGCACGCUGGAUAUUUGGCCGUGGAAGUAUUUGGUUCCAUGGAUGAGGGGAGACCUAUUUACUCGAAGAGAUGCUAGAAGACAGAAAGGUUCAAGUGAAGCUAAGAGCGACAGUCCAUAUGACAUGGAGGACAUGCUUAUGCCACUAAAGGAGUUUGUUGAUGACCCCAUUGUUCAAGAUAUUGUUCAUAAUGGGGCUACUUUCCAGAUAGCUGGAUUGACAAACAACUCCUACCUAGCUGAAGCACAUGAGAUACGUCACUGUGUACAGGAACACAAGAGUCUUGGUCAACAUGUUCUUCAUGUGGCAAAGAAGAGGUUGGAUGCUAUGUUAUAUGUUGGUCUAACUGCGGAACAUAAGGAAUCUGCGAUGAUGUUUGCAAAUGUGGUUGGUGCACAGGUGAUUUCACAGCUAAAAGAUGCCAACUUUAGCGUGGACACUUUAGCCGACAAUCAAUCAGGUAAUAUCAGCUCUUCGCAUUUAGAUUCUGAGCUUGAGAGCAAUGUUGAUCAGAAUAAUAGUACCUUAGAUGAAAAGGCUACUGUCCAAGAUGAAAGCGAAGCAAAGAGAGAAAAUAUGACUGUUGCAGAACUAAUUGAAGUUUAUGAAGGGUGCAUUUCAAGUCUACUAAAGACUCAAUCACGUCGUCGAUUUGCUUCUUUAAAGAGGAUUUCUCCUGCAAAUUUCUCAAAAGAGGCACGUCGUUCCAUUUCUGAUGAAGUUCUGCAGCAGAUUAGAACACUCAAUCACUUGGAUAUGGAGCUUUUUGAGUAUGCUCAAGAAAUAUUUACAAUGAGACAUGUUCGACUGAUGGGGAAUAUUGAUAUGAAAGAUGGAUCAGAAGGCAAAUUUGACCGUCUACAUGUGUUCGAGCUAUGGAAAAUUCCUUCAUUAGUAAUGCUUUUUAUCUUACUCCUUGUUCUCUUCGUAUUUGCAAACGCACGGAGAAGAGUAUCUAAAGUUAAGGUUAGAAAUAAGUACUAAUCUUUCCACAUGAAGCUUACCCUUACCCUUCCAAUGUUCAUCGAUUUUGUACAUUUUUUUCAAUGUGGAUAUUUGAUUUAAGUUCUAAUAAUAGAAUUAAAUAAUAAUAAUUCAAAUGUAAACAAAUGGUUCUUCAAUCUCUAUGGAUUAUUAUACGUUUUUGUUUUU